UGGGCGGUGGCGAAGGCUCCUACCGAGGUCGCCGCCUGUGGGCUGUGGAGGAGCUCUGCGCCCCUCGGCUCUGACUCUCAGUGUCUCUUCGUGCUGGCCCACCUCGCUCGUCGGCGCCAUGACCACCACCACAACCUUCAAGGGCGUCGACCCCAACAGCAGGAACAGCUCCCGGGUUUUGCGGCCUCCAGGCGGUGGAUCCAAUUUUUCAUUAGGCUUCGAUGAACCAGCAGAACAACCUGUGAGGAAGAACAAAAUGGCCUCUAAUAUCUUUGGGACAUCUGAAGAAAAUCCCCCUUCUUGGGCCAAGUCCGCAGGUGCCAAGUCUAGCGGUGGUAGGGAAGAUUCUGAGUCAUCUUGGCCCCAGAGAAGGAACUCUUCUGAGGCAAACUCCGGAGACUUUCUAGAUUUGAAGGGAGAAGGUGAUGUUCAUGAAGCCGUGGACACAGACCUGCCAGCCAGCCUGGGACAGAGCGAGGAGAAGCCUAUGCCUACUGCCCCUGUGCCCAGCCCGGUGGCGCCGGCGCCCGUGCCGUCCAGAAGAAACCCACCUGGCGGCAAGUCCAGCCUAGUCCUGGGUUAACUCCACUGUCUGAACUCCGUCCUCCUGUUUGUUUGUUCUCUCCAUGCUUGUGAACUGCACAACUUGAGCCUGACUGUACAUCUUUUUGGAUUUGUUUCAUUAAAAAAGAAGCACUUUA